UCAAGUUAUUGUAAAGUUCAAAUAUUCCUUUAAAAGAUCUUUUAUAUAAUGUAAGUCAAUAUUUUCAGAAUGUGAUUUAAAAUGUUAUGACUUCAAAAGCGAUUCAGAUUUAUUUAUUUUUGAAAAAUAUAUUUGGAAUAUGGACCAUUUUAUACAAAGUAUUGCAUCGCAUUUGAAAGUUGGUCUUAUUUGUAUUGAUCUUGAACAUUCCCAUCAAAUAUCAUCAUUCUACAAAACAUACUCAAUCAUAUAUCAUUCUUCAAAUUAUAUUUUGAAAUAUUUUAUAACCAGAGUAAUCACUUAUAAAUUUAUAAAGGUGGUAGAUUUUGCUCUUCACAACACUCAGCGAGCAGCUGCACGAAAGUAUGGUGUUGCACAAAAGAGAGUGUUUGCUUGGGUCUUGGCAAAAGAUGAACUACAAGAAAUUCAGAAUUCAAAUAAUCCUCAAAAACAGGAUGUAGAAGAGGUUGAUAGGUUAUUGUGGAAAUGGCGUAAAGAUAUGAUAGAUAAAGGUAAAGAUGUUUCUAAAAGAAUGAUAUGUGCUCAGGCUCGAUUCCAAUUUAAAAAGAUGGGAAAUUCUAAUUUUGUUGGAAAUAAUCAGUGGUACAAUAACUGGAUUAAAAGAAUUAAAAAGAAAGGAUUUCAGUUAGAUAUUCCAAGCAAUGAUACAGAAUCAUUAAAAAAUAUAAUGGAACAAGAUAGUAGCAUUAAUGAGAGUGGAUGUUCCUAGCUAGUCUGUGUUGAGUGAAUCAUCUCCUCCUCCUCCUCCUCCUCCUCCUCCUAUAUUGAAAUUUAGUGAAAAUAUUCAGAAAUAUGGAAUAUGUCAACAAGGAAUCUAAGAUAAUUAAAAAAAAAGUUAUAGAAUUUACAGAAUUACUUUUCCUGUCAAAUAUUGAUAUAUUUUUUCCACAUUCAGUAUGCUCAGGAAAAUAAUUAAAUUUUAACAAGUGAAAUACUCAGGUAGAAAUAUAAAAAAAAUGUACAAUAUAUAUAUAUAUCAUAUCAUAUAUAUAUUAAACAAAGAAAUAUUUGUUAAAUAUUCAUCAUUGUAGGAGUGAUUUAAUAUCAUUGUUAAUUGUUAUGUUGGUUAUUUGAGAUAAUUGAAAGAAUUUAAAGUGUUUAAUAAUAAUAAUAAUUUUGUUUGUAUUAUAUUAAUUUUUUCAAGAUUAGCAAAUUUAUUUAAUAUGAAAAUAAUCUUGAUUGAUAUCAUCCAUCAAACUGGUGAUUAUAUUUUUAUUAUUUUUUAUUUUAAACAUAGUAUAUAUAUAUAUAAAAUGCAUUACAACUAUAUAUAUAAAACAAAAAUUAACAGUGAAAUAAUAAUUUAAAAUAUUUAUACAUGUGACAAUCAAUAUUGUGAAGUUCAUCAAUAUAUUAUUUUUUUCUAGAUUCAAAACAGUUUAUACAUUAUCUGGGAAGUAUUUGCAAAAUAAUUAAAAUUUCAUAAUAAUAAUUAUUAUUUUAUUUAAAAUAUUAGUUUUUGUCUGUUUCUAAUAUGAAUAUUUCCUCACCUCUGUUUUAAUGAAACUCUUAAUAGUUAGUAGUAACAGUCAGAAAUGUGGUGGUGUUUGGUAGUAAAAAUGAAAUUAGUGUUUUUAGUUUAAAAAUCUGAUUAUUUUAAAUAGCUUAUU